AUGGAGGAGAAGUCAGAUUGUGAGAAUUGCAAGACAUGGGAAGAGGAAAUGUACUGGAAACAUUUCAAUUCCAUGCAUUUUUAUCAGAUCCUACCCAAAAACUUCAAUGAUCAUCUUGUAUUGCCUGAGAAAUUUGCUGCACAUAUGACAACCCAUGUACCAGACAUAGUGUCGCUCAUAGGCCCGAGUGGUACUAUGUGGGAAGUAGAGACUCAGAAAACCGAUAACCUGCUGCUUGUUGGAGAUGGGUGGAAGAACUUUGUAAAAACUUAUGAGUUGGAAGAAAACUGUCUCUUAAUGUUCAAAUAUAAGCGGAACUCGAGGUUUGAGGUCUUAAUUUUUGACCAAGAGAGUUUCUGUGAGAAGGAAUCGUGUUAUUUUGUUAAGAAAUGUAGGCACACAAAGUCUGAACAUGAAAAUCAUAAAAAGAGAAGUGUGAGAGAGGUUCAAGCACUGAGGUAG